AUGACCCAAAAUCCCACCAGCUAUAAACGGCCAGGCGGCGGUCGGGUCACUCCCUCUGCUCCUGCUCAGAAGGUUUCAGGAGUCAGGCCCAUCAUAGGCACUGGGAAUAUGGAGGCCUCUAUGCGGAAUACCGCUUCGAUGAACAAGCGCAUUGAUCGGCUUACGAGUACACUGAUCACGCAGUUUGAAGCUGCUGUUGGGCUUCUUCAAGCCGAAGAAACGGACCUCAACUCUACGGCGAAGAACAGCCUGCAGAUGCAGGUGCAUACCACAUCUCUGGUCCGAGCCACCGAGGAAACCCUCACGUUCAUACACCAGCUGCAGGAGCUAUGGCUUUUCGGUCAGCUGGAGACACUUAAGAAGAGCGGGAGUGAGGUGAGGAUGGAGGAGGAUGCGAAGGCGGUGGCGCAGCUGUUGAGGCGGUUAGUCAAGGCGCAGGAUGUGGAGGGCGAAACAGAUAGGCCGUGA